UUUUUAAAUACAAACAAGCAGUAGGGCAAGCAUUCAAAUAUUUAAUAAAGCAUAUACGUAUUAGUCACUUAUUGAAACAUAAUUGCUAAUGAAGCGAAGACGCACUGAUUUAAAUCCAGAUUCUGAUUUCAGUCAAUAUAUAACUAUAGACAAUCUUCCCCUUAAUAAUCCAAAACCUCAUUUGUCUACAGUUCAAUCUCAAUCGCAGCACACUGUAGGCAGACAGCGUUCGACUGAUUUCAAAGGAAUGUUGACAGCACUCAUUGAUAAAAUCUAUCCUCCUCUCGUCUGUCCCUCUUGUCUUCAUGUCUCUCUUGCUCGAAGUGACGCGGACGAACACUUUAAAGAUAACCAUCACGGUGAAAAAGUAUAUGAAUGUAUCGCAUAUAAUUGUGAUCAAGCCUAUUCUUCUAAAGCUGGUCUAAGAUAUCAUCUUCAGAAAAGUCAUCAAGUCAACUUAAAUCCUGAAAAAGGUAAGCAACUCGUUUCCAAGGCUGGUCAUCAAUCUACUUCUGCUGCUUUGCCCACUAAAUCAAAGUCAAUGACAACAAGAAAUAAUAAUAAUACUACUACUUCAACCAAACGACACAAGAGGGAAUUAUCAGCAGCACUUCAAAAGAAAUUGGAUGAGACAUAUAGUGCAACCGUAUGUCCUUCAUGCAAAAAGAGUUUUAGUAAAAAAACGCAUGUCAUCAAUCAUCUAGUCGAGGCUCAUCAAGGAGAAGAGCCUUAUAAAUGCAUCAUUGAUAAUUGUAAACGCAUGAAGAACUAUGCGACAAGAGAGGGGCUAGUUUAUCAUUUAGUCAGCUAUCAUGAAUAAUCAUCAUCAUAAUAAUAACAAUAAAACAACUAGAUAUAUGAAUGUAAAUAUGAACUUAUGCUAGCCUUUCAAAACCAUACUGCGAUACUUUUUUGCUUGCUAAGUGACACGCACAUUGUAGGGCUACAUCUAGUUCAUAGCCUUGGUUUAAGUAACAAAUAAUACCCGCUAUGAAUGUAUCUCCUGCUCCUAUUGUGUCUACUACUUGCUCAAUCGGCAGUGCUGGCGAAUGAAAUAUGUUUUGAUGAUGUAAACAGGUAGCACCUUUCGCUCCCCACGUACAAAACAAGAUGGCACUGAUGACAUUACUUUUUUAUAUAUAUUGAAUCUAUGUAACCCUC